AUGAAGUCGAGGGCCGAAAUGAAACUCUUGCAUCUUCCAGAUGGGGUUGCCGGGGGAACUCACAGUAUUGCCGUGAACUGUCAGGGCGAUCUGAUCGCCGUUGGAGCACCAUAUUCGAAGGAUGGGGAAAACGCUGGGGCGGCUUACAUACUUGAUACAGCAUCUGGCGACGUACUCUAUCAUCUGCAGCAACCAUGUCCACAAAUGGAGGACAAUCUUGGGACGUCCGUCGCGAUGAGCUGUGAUGGGACCAAUGUCCUUGUUGCCGGCAAGAAAGGCUUUGUGGGCGAUAAGGACCAACAUUCUCAGGGUGUGGUGUACCUCUUUGGCAUUCAACCUUCGUUGCGGGAGUCUGCAGAGUCGCUUCCUGCUGCUGAGCUCGUUCAGACAUUCCAGAAUCCCGAGCCAGAAGCCUUCGACGAGUUUGGCGCGGCCGUUGCCAUGGAUCAAGCAGGCGAAACAAUUGCCAUUGCUUCUCCCAAUCAUAACCAAAACCAGGGAGUUGUGCACGUCUUUACCAAGAAUGGAGCUUUGAUCAAGAGUUUCCGUCCUUCUAGCAUGAUCAACGAAAUCCGAGCAAGGUCAGCAGUACACCCUGGUUUGUCGUCGCAGGACCAAUUCUUUGGUUCUUCCAUGUCACUUUCUGCUGAUGGCACCCUGCUGCUCAUUGGUGCCCCUGGGAGAGGAUGGAGGAAUCCUUCCCCUGGCGGAGCGUACUUGUUUCACGUACCCACUGGGCAACUCCUUCUUUCCAUUCCAAACCCAACAGCUGCUCACAUAGCAGCAGUAAACAUGCACCACAAGAAAAUCCACUCUCCAGUGGUAAGCGGCAGUCCUUCCAACGACCACUUUGCCGCUGCAGUUGACAUGAGUGCCAAUGGUGACAUUAUCGUGAUAGGAGCAAUGCUCCCAUCAUCUUCUCAUAUGCCCUCAGUCGUCGUGAAUCGGGGGACGCCGCACCAGAGAACUGGGCAAGUCUAUGUUUACAAUCGAGAGGGUCGUCUACUUGAUACGUUGGAGAGCCCCAAUGCUCACGAUCACUUUGGAAUGGCAGUUUCCAUCAAUGACAGAGGGGACCAGCUUUUGGUGGCUGCUCCGCACUCUAGCAAGAGUUCAGCCAAUGACAGUGUCAUGCAAGGAGUUGCCUUUCUCUUUGACGCAUCUGGCAUCCCAAUAUAUCAGUUCUACAAUCCCGUACUAGAACCAGAGACCGGCAAUGCACCCCUUCAGUUUGGUGGUGCGGCGGUCCUUUCAUCUACCGGCAAAUUUGCCGCCAUUAGUUCCGCUUUUCAUCCCGUCGUCCAAGUUGCAUGCUUGAACGACAAUGAUGAUGACGACAAAUGCCCAGCUAUGUGGAGGCACAAUCAGGAAAAUAGGCCAGUUUUUGUACCGAUCACAGUGCAAUACAGCAGUGACAUGUGUGGUGUUUGUCCAGAUGGAAUGAACGCGACAAAGACUGGAACCACCAACCAGUCUUUCGUGGCGGCAGCAUUGCCAGAAGAAGCAAUCAUCCCAGUGUGGAACACCACAUCUAGUACUGUCCCCGUCGAUGGACCACCCCCACAGCGAUUUGUGGUUGUUCUUGCUUGUUUGUUCGGGCUUGCUGGUGGUUGGAUGGCGCUGCUUAUCUUGUUCCAUCUGGCACGUACUCGCCUGGAAUUGUGGAGGAAGCAAAGGAGAGGAUGGAAUGGUACGUGCGCAUCGACGUCUACUGAGGAGUCUGGUACACAACGACCCCUGGAAUGCAUUACGUGCAAGGUGUGGGGUCGCAGUGAAGACUUCAGCACGGAAGACAACGACGACGAAGGUGUCUUUGUUGUGGACCUUGACAACAUGACUUCGGUUGACCUUGAUUCGCCCCGAACUCCUGCAUCGCCUUGGCAACAGUUUGAACAUUCGCCCUUCGAAGCAUUCCCGUAG